CAAAGGUAGUCAACACUCAUGACUUGAUGACUCUCAACCUCAUCAUCCAUCAGAACUGGCAUGACGAGAUUUAUUUGCAACUUCAAGAUGGCAAGAGACAGUAAGAACAAGAACUCUGUUCUUCAGUCAGAGGUGUCACACAGAUGCAGCCCACGCUGUCUCGGCCCUCUGACCUUCCACCGUCAGGCUGUGGGAGAAAAGGUUCGCUUGAGUCAUGGAGGUCAACUUGCAGAGAAGACUGAGAACACCUUCAAGAAUGGGCUGGUGUUCAGCAACCGUCCAGUGAAGGUCCAGGAGAAGAUUCGUCUGAGAGUGAAGAGGGAUUCGACCAACUGGGAGGGAGCUCUGCGUGUGGGCUUUACCACUGUGCCACCCUCAGCCAGAUCUCUACCUCUGCCCUGCUUGGCCAUCCCCAACCUCACUGACAAGCCUGGACACUGGGCUGUGCCUGUAAAUGAAUUGUACUGCCAAGCAGGUUCAGAGCUGGAGUUUUGGGUUUCUGAUGGUGGCAACAUAUACGUAGAUGUCAGCAACAGGCAGUAUAAGUGGCUGACAGGAGUGGACCUCAGCCAGCCUCUGUGGGCCAUGAUAGACGUCUACGGGCAGACGAGCUCCAUUUUACUCCUAGGCUCAGAGAAAAAAGAUCUAUUUUGUACUAAAAGAUCCUGUCCUGCACCUGAACCCCUCACCUCACCUGAUGCUUACAGUCACUUUGGUUCAGUUCCUGAUAUUUCGGACUUCCGUUGUGAUGACUGCAUCUCCCGUCUUGACAUGAAAAUGCCUGAAGAUAUAACCUGUGUGGUGUGCAUGGUGCAAGAGGCCAGAAUCACACUGCCGUGUGGCCACCGGUGUUUAUGUAAAGACUGCAACUCCAGAGUUUUUCAGGAGUUUGGCACCUGCCCGCUGUGUCGUCACAAGAUCAGAGCUCCAUCAGCAGAGGAGCUGGUCUGAGCUCCGAGACAGAAGCCAGGAAUCACCAAAGAGAAGUUACAGAGUGACUGUAACAGUGAAAAUACCGCACUAAAUGCAAAAUAUGCUGUUAUUUAUAUAUUAUUUAUAAUGAUAACUUUGUCCGUACAGUAUACUUUUCUACCUCGAUGCAAAUCUUAAAGCAGUGUUGUAUUUUUGUAUGUCUGAAAAUUGUAAUGUGUUGAUGGUAAAAAAACAUAAACUCUAUUAUGUUUUAAGGUUACAUGCUGUAAAAAAAAAAACCCCUCAAAAACAAUAUUUUUUCAGUGAAGCCUGUUUACGAAAAGAAGGAUCUGUCUACACCUCAUGUCUCUACAGUCAGGAAUGAGUGGGAGUGAAAAUAAAUGUUGGUUUUCAGAUAAGA